AUGGCUAGUGAACACAAGGUCACACAAAGGAAGUUGACCCUAGUCGGGGAUUCCUGUUGCGGCAAGACUUCUUUACUACGGGCUGCGCUAUACGGUAAUUCUCCGGAAAAGGUUCAAGGCACCUUUGAUCUCAGGCACAAUGUGCCUUUCGAACAAUGUCCCGGUAUUUACGAGUGCAAUGUGUCAAAUGAAAAAGGGCAUAGUAUUAUCAUACGGCUCGCCUUGUGGGACACAGCAGGGGUAUAUGACUUUGGCCGAUUAGAGCCACUUAAAUAUCCCGGCGCACACGUUGUCCUCAUCAGCUUCGCCAUUGACUCUCCAGAUUCUAUGGAUAAUGUAGAGCAAAAGGUCAUUUUGCCCUAUGCUCUUGGAUUUGUUCUCGCAAUAGGAAGCGGUACUCCGAUAACAAAUUGUUUGCUGAUCGCUAUUUGA